AUGGGCGAAUACAUCAACUCCGACCAUGCCUCCAUCCCGGACACUGUCACCGAUGCCGUGUUGAAGCCGGCUCGGCGCACGGUCCCGGCCAGCAAAUGGGGCGUCGCAGCUCAAUGUACCACCGAAGACUUCAAGACCAGAACAGACAAGCAUAAGCCACUAGCCAAAGAUUGGAACCACCGUUUAACUCACGAAUCGACAGCGAGAACAGGAUCUUCGCUAAAGGCAGCUUUCAAGCACCUACAGAAUCCGGAUGUUAUCUCUCUUGGCGGCGGUAUACCACUCAGCGAAUUCCUUCCUUUCGAGACACUCUCGUUCACGCCGUCAUUCGUUCCAAGCAGCUCCAGGUCAAAGUCUGCAUCAGACUCCUCCGUUGAUGAUGCAUGCUUCCGAUCGAGCAAAACAGACCUUUCCGAGGGCCGAAGCGUGUUCGAUAUCUCUGUAGCGCUGAACUAUGGUCAAGGUAGCGGGUCUCCGCAACUUCUACGAUGGAUCAUUGAACACACCGAGAUGGUCCAUAACCCCCCUUAUGCAGAUUGGGGAUGCACCAUGACCGUUGGCAACACUUCGGCGCUAGACAUGGCCCUUCGCAUGCUCGCCAAACCUGGUGACUAUGUGCUGUCAGAGAAGUUCACCUACUCGACGGCAGUCGAAACUGCAAAGCCGAUGGGUGUCAAGUUCCUUGGUGUCGACAUGGAUGGAGAAGGCUUGCUGCCAGAGAGCCUCCUCCAGGUCUUGGACACAUGGAACCCAGCAGAGCACGAGAACGCAGCGAAGCCAUUCCUAUUAUACCUCGUCCCAACAGGUCACAACCCCACUGGUGCUACUCAAAGUCUACAGCGUCGCAGAAGUAUUUACCGGGUGGCACAGCAACACGAUUUGAUCAUUCUGGAAGACGAUCCCUACUACUGGCUUCAGAUGGACGCCUACAGCCCAUCCGCAGAACUGACAACACCUUCCACCACCCCUCAGUCGCCGGCAGACUUACUAAACGCGAUCGUCCCGACAUACCUCGGCAUCGACGUAGACGGGCGUGUCAUGCGCAUGGACUCUUUCAGCAAGGUCAUCAGCCCUGGAUCUCGAAUUGGUUGGAUUACUGCCCCUCAAGCAGUAGUAGAGCGAUACAAAACCCAUGCCGACGUAUCAACGCAGGGACCUAGCGGAUUCAGUCAACUCGCAUUCUUCAAGCUUCUAGAUGAGUUUUGGGGCCAUGCCGGGUUCCUUGAGUGGAUGCUACAUAUCCGUGGAGAGUAUACUGAGCGUCGGGAUUUCAUGGUGCGAGCUUGCGAACAGCACUUGCCCCGAGAAAUCGUCGCAUGGAAGCCGGCACGGGCGGGCAUGUUUCAAUGGCUAGGCGUGGACUGGCAAAAACACCCCGAUGCCUCAACGAAGUCUCCGAAUGAGAUUGAAGAGGAGAUAUGGCAAGAGGCACUGGCUCAAGGCGCUCUCAUUGCUCGGGGUAGUUGGUUCAAUGCCAACAAGCACAUUCCGCUGAAUGAGAUUUUCUUCCGGACCACAUUCGCUGCCGCACCCCUGGUUCAAAUUGAAGAGGCAGUCAAACGCAUAGACUCAACACGCCUCUUGGACUUGCCGUUGGAAUGCCUUGAUCAAAUCUUCGAAGACGUCGUUGCGUACGAUGAGGAGAGCGAGUUCAAUUUGAGAGAUGCAACGCGUCUUCUACGUGUGUCGAAGCUAUUCGAGAUCAUUGUCAUGAGAGCCAUCUACAUAACCAAACUUCUUCACAAGAUGAGGCGCAAUCCAGAAGUCGGCAUUCUUGCCAAGCAAGACCACUCGCACAUGGCCUCACCCCAGUGCCGCGUGCAACAUCGCGGUAAUGCAAGCUUCUUCCUGGCAAAGUACCUCAUGAUCCAGCCAUAUCGUCAUUUACCGUGGAGUACAAGCCUAGCUACAGUGAUCAACGCCAUCACUGAUAGGACAAUACGAGAUGAUGGCUUGAAUCUCGACAGCGAAGAACGGUACAGACGCAUCCAUCAUCUUUGCAAACAAGCCGUCCAUCUUCCAGAUGCAGUCAAACAUUAUGGAAUUUGGGACCUCUUCAGUGAUCAUUUUCAAAAGCUGCUUUUUCCUUCGGAGACGGAUCCCGUCGUCACAAAUGAGCCAUUCGAAGACCUGCUAUUCCUUGCCAAAUUCUAUCUGCAAUCAGAAGACGCGGAGAGACUUGUACUAUCUCAGAUCCUGAACAAAGGUCCUAAAUCACUAUCUUCUGUUGGGAUGACAAAAUCUCGGGAUGGAAGAUACGCUGCUUCUUCGCUGCUGGGAUCAGUCAUGGAAGCUGCGAUCAGGAGUGGCAGUUCGAACCUCGCUGUUCUUCUGAUUAACUACGAGAUCAAUACUUCACGAGAAAAGAUAACGAAGACGGUCCGAGGAAAGGAAAUAAAGGGCGUUAGAUUCUACGAUCUUCACUUCUGGAGGCUAGCCAUGGCUUUUGACGACCUGGAGACUAUGAGUGCUCUUUUGGAUGCCGCAGACCGAAGAGUACCGAGCAAGGCUUUGGGUCAAAUUCUUCUGGAAGCUGUGUGCGCUCAACAGCUAGAGAUACUCCAAUUGAUAUUGGAUAACCAAAUGCCGCAUCGCAAGCUUUCAAAACUUAUUACGGCAGUAACAGGAGGAAUGAAAGGUUAA